AUGGCUGCUAUUCCCGAUCCCGAAAAGGAGUCUAAAUCCGAAGCACCUCAGCUCGCCACUGAGGACCAGCUUGGAGUUCAGACUGUCUAUGGCGAUGAAACGCAUAGAAGGCUCAAGGGCCGGCAUAUUCAACUCAUUGGAAUCGGAGGAACCAUUGGCACCGUUCUUUUUGUCCAAAUCGGCAAAGGUCUAAUGCAAGGCGGUCCAGGAAGUCUUUUCAUCGCCUUCUCCUUCUGGUGUCUAAUCGUCCUCACAAUCACAAUGUGCAUCGCCGAAAUGGUCUCUUACACGCCAAUCUCGUCUCCGUUCGUCCGGUUUGCCGGUAUCUACGUCGACGAAGCUCUCGGUUUUGCUUCCGGCUGGAAUUUCUUCAUAUUCGAAGCUGCGUUAGUACCCUUUGAGGUAACAGCUUGCCAUUUCAUUCUUCAAUUCUGGACCGAUGCGAUUCCUGUUGGGGCUACUAUCGCUGUGAUUAUCGUGCUGUAUGCACUCAUCAACCUCAUGGCGAUUCAGUAUUUCGGCGAGACCGAGUUUUGGGCUGCUAUUGGAAAAGUCAUCUUGAUCGUUGGCCUCAUUUUCUUUACGUUUAUCGUCAUGGUUGGUGGGAAUCCGCAGAAAGAUGCGUUCGGAUUCACCUACUGGAAAAGUCCUGGGGCGUUCGCGGAACUUUACUACGACGGUGCCUUGGGUAAAUUCGUGGGCUUUGUGGGCUGUCUCAUCCAAGCUGCCUUUUCUAUCGCUGGUCCCGAUUAUGUCGCAAUGGCAGCUGGAGAAGCCGAGAACCCUCGCAAGAUUCUGCCCCGGGCUUUCAAGACGGUGUUUUACCGGCUGACAUUCUUCUUCGUGCUUGGAUCCCUCUGCGUGGGCAUUCUCGUGCCUUACGACGACCCAAACAUGAUUGCUGCUUUUGGGGAUGGCAAGUCCGGAGCUGCUGCUUCACCGUACGUUAUCGCCAUGGACCGUCUUGGGAUCCGGGUUCUGCCGCAUAUCGUCAACGCCAUGAUUCUGGUGUCGGCGUUUUCCGCCGGCAACUCCUAUGUGUUUUGUGCGACGAGAUCUUUGUAUGGCCUUGCGCUUGAAGGGAAAGCACCGCGCUUUUUGAAAAUCUGUACCAGGACCGGUGUUCCCAUUUACUGCGUCCUUGUGGUGCUGCUCAUCGCUCUGCUAUCUUUCCUUCAGCUCUCCAACAGCUCAGCUGUUGUUCUGAGUUGGUUUGUGUCCUUGGUCACAGCAUCUCAGCUGAUCAACUUCUCCGUCAUCUGUCUUACAUACCUUUGCUUUUAUCGUGCAACAAAGGUGCAGGGUUUCGACCGCUCGACGUUGCCCUAUCGCGCGUGGUUUAUGCCAUAUGCUGCGUACGUCGGACUAGUUGCAACUUUCAUCAUGGUAUUUGUUGGAGGAUACACUGUUUUCUUGCCUGGGAUGUGGGAUAUUCCGAGCUUCCUGUUCUCAUACACAUCAGUUGGACUAUUCCCAGUAUUCUAUGUCGGAUGGAAGAUUGCGCACAAAACAAAGAUUGUUAAGCCAACCGAAAUCGAUUUACGACAUAACUUGGCCCCGAUUGAAGAGUACGAGAGAAACUAUGUGCCCAAACCACCAGCAAACUGGUUUGAGAAGGGUUUGCACUUUUUGUUUGGUUAA